AUGAUUUAUUCAAUUAUUCUAAGUACAGUGGUAAUUUUUUGUUCUGAUGAAUUUAAGCUUAAAGAAGCAAUAAUUACUUCAGUGCCUGUAAAAAUAGUUGUUAAAGAAACAUGUAAAAAUGAAGAAUUAACAGAAACAAACUUUCCACCUUUAAAAAUUGAUUCUCAACCUAAAGAAAGUUCUUCUAAUUCUGAUGUAGAUGAUAAAAUCGUAAGAAGUACAUCAAGUUGUUUAUCAGAAAACGAGCCUGACUUAAAUACAUCUGAUCAAGACACUACAAAACAAGAAAAACAAGAAUUUGAGGUUUUAAAUUUACCAUUUGAGAAAUUGAAUUUACUUGCUAUUGAAUCAUCAGUAUUAAAUAGUGAUGAUUUUUUCUCUUUUAAUCCAUCAGAAUUUGAACUAGUCACUUUAAAUCAAUUAGAUAAAGAAAAUGAUGAAAAUCCAGAUGAACCUAGAUUAAAAAAGCAAAAGGUUGAUUGUGAUGAUAACCUUUUUAAUCCAUCAGAAUUUGAACUUGAUACUUUAAAUCAAUUAGAAAAAGAAAAUGAUGAUAAUUUAGAUGAACCUAGUACUUCAAAAAAGUAA